CUCUUCUUUUACCAUGGCAGAUUCCUAACCAUAAUCCUCCGCCUCCCCAGGUGUCCAAAGCGGCAGCGGACCUGAUGGCGUAUUGCGACGCCCACAUACGUGAGGACCCCCUCAUCGUGCCCGUGCCCGCCUCGGAGAACCCCUUCCGGGAGAAGAAGUUAUUCUGCACCAUCCUCUGAUGCCCAGUAGGGGGCAGACCAGCCUUAGGCCGGGCCCUGGUUCAGGCGUGGAAUAAUGCCUGGCGUCUCCUCUUCUGUCUUCACCGUACCUGAAGCUAACAACACGCUGUGAACGUAACCAGGAAGUGACUGCCCUUUCAGCCUUGUAGUUUUUCAACUUUUAGAUUUUUUUUUCUUUUUUCUAAUG